AUGAUUCGCCACCGGUCUUACAACGCCACGGCGUGUGGUGAUGGCUUCUUUGGCCCGGCGGUUUGGGCCGAUGGCUGUCGAGGUGGCUUCGACUUUACACUGUCGUUUGAAGAAAGCAUCUUGUCCACGCUCCCUGCUGCUCUGUUUCUCCUAUUAUCCAUCCCACGAGCCUUCUACCUUCUACGAACUCCCGACAAGGCGAAGCGACGAUCAGCUUAUACACCAAAACUAAUCGCAUCAAGCGCGUACGCAGGCAUCCAGGUCGGCGCCCUAGCCAUCGUCGCCUCUUCACGACUCCUCAACACUAGAUUCUCCCUCGCCGCCGCCAUUCUCAACCUCAUCGCCGCGUGCUGCAUCGUUCUGCUCUCGCACAUUGAACACGUCAAAUCCAUACGGCCGUCUUUCCUCCUCACCUCGUAUCUCUUCACGUCCCUCCUUUUCGACGCUGCUCGGUUACGAACGGAAUGGCUCCUGUCUGUGAAUGUCGCGUAUGCGGCCGUGCUAUCUACCUCGACUGUUCUCAAGCUGGCCUUGCUAGUGCUGGAAAAUGUCGAGAAGAGGAGGAUCUUGGUGGACUCGAGCAAGGAACCGUCAACGGAGAGCACCAGCGGGCCCUUUAACCGCGGCUUUUUCAUCUGGCUCAACUCGCUGCUUAUUUCUGGCUGGGCUACCGUUUUGACAAUGCACGAUCUUCCCGCUAUUUAUGAGAAACUCUCUUCUGAGAAGUUGGCAGUUAUUUUCACAAAGCGAUGGGAUAAGGUCACCCGCGAUGGUCGAAAGGCAUCCCUCUUUCUCAACACUGUCUGGAUCCUCAAGCUCGAAAUCGCCGGCAUUGCUCUUCCUCGACUGGCUACGGUUGCCUUGACAAUUGCGCAGCCCUUCCUCGUGUCCCAAGCGCUCCGAUUUCUCGCCAUGCCCAAGGAUGAUCACUCUGACAACAUCGGCUACGGAUUGAUUGGUGCCUUUGCUCUCGUCUUUGUCGGAUCGGCUAUCUUGACGGCAUGGUACGAACACCUCACAUUUCGAGUUGGUGCCAUGAUUCGAGGAGGCUUGAUUGGCCUGAUUUACCGCAAGAUGUUGAGGCUCUCGGCAAGCGAACUGGGCGAGUCUUCAGCCGUUACCCUCAUGGGCAAUGACAUUGAGACUCUGGCCGAGCGAGCAAACGCUUUGCUCAUCGAAGGCUGGGCCAACACACUUACCGUCGGUAUCGCCGUCUACAUGUUGUACGCACAACUGGGCGCUGUCUGUGUUGCUCCCAUCGUUAUGGCUAUUGUAUCAAUCGUCUUGUGUUGGUUUAUUGGAAAAGUCCUGGUAAAGCGCCAGACCGUCUACCAGAAAGCAACACAGGCUCGCAUCAACUUCACCUCUGAAGUGCUUGGCUCCAUCAAAGCCGUCAAGAUGCUGGGCUAUACUGAGCGCUUCACUGACCUCCUUGAAGAUAAACGUGACCAGGAUUUGAACGUCGGCAAACACUACCGUCAAAUGAUUGUGUGGGCCAACACUGUUGGGAACGCAAACGUCAGUCUUACUCAGGCUGCUACAUUCGGCGCCUACGCCAUUGUCGCCAAACUCAGCGACAACCAGUCCUUCUCCGCAUCACAGGCCAUCACGGCACUUUCUAUCCUCAACGUCAUGAUCAACCCCCUCAGCUUCCUCCUCGGCAACAUUUCGUCCGCUUAUGCUGCAUUUGGAUGUUUCAAGCGCAUCCAGGAGUUCCUACUGCUCAGCGAGAGGGUUGAUAGCCGUGAGAUUUGCGCACAGCCGGGGCUUUCAACGAAGAGCGACGAAGCGGGAUCGCAAAGGAGCAGUAUUGAACUUCGCACGCUUGAUCGUGACAACGAAAAAGGCGCCCGUGUCUCUAUUGCUGGAGGAGACUUUGCCUGGAAGGAGAAGAAGGUAUUGAGCAACAUUAGCGUGUCCUUUUCGCAAGCGCAAUCGGGAUCCCUCACCAUGAUCGUUGGUCCAAUUGGUUCCGGAAAGUCAAGUUUGCUCAAGGCCAUUCUUGGAGAAACAUCGUCAACUAGCGGUAAAGUCUCACUCUCGACACCCAGCAUCGCGUUCUGUGACCAGACUCCUUGGGUGAUGAAUGCAACAAUCCGGGACAACAUUGUGGCUGAAUCUGGGCACUUUGAAGACAAGUGGUUCGACACCGUUGUUGAGGCUUGUGACUUGGCUCAGGAUUUCACUCGGCUGCCAGAAGGUAUUGCGACCGUUGUUGGAGAUAAAGGGGUGAAGCUCAGCGGAGGCCAGAAGCAGCGACUCGCGAUUGCCCGUGCCAUAUACGCCCGAAAGCCGGUAGCCAUCUUUGACGACGUGUUCAGUGCAUUGGAUAAGGCAACGGAGCGCAUCGUAUUUGCUCGUGUGUUCAGCAGAGAUGGCCUCCUCCGACGCAGUGGCACAACAGUGAUUCUUGCUACACACUCUGUUCAUCUUCUACCCAGCUCCGACCACAUCAUUGCCCUAGGCCAAGACGGCCAAGUCAUCGAGCAAGGAUCUUUCGCAAAGCUCCAGGAGAGCGGCAAGUACGUCCAGAGCCUCGACGUCACGGAUCCCCAUUCCGACAACAACAGCGAAACUUCCUCCAAAAAGGACAUUGAAGAGAUUGAAAAGGUCAAUGAGAGUGCCGAGGAGGAGGAAGUAGAGCAAGAAACGGGAGAGCAAGGGUCGGUUUCAAGUGACCGCAGCACUUUCAAGUAUUACUUUGGCGCGAUGAGACCCCUUAGCUUGGCUGUUGGCGGCGCAUACGUUAUUGGACAGGCCUUCUCAUCGACUUUCAGAUCUGUUUGGCUUACGUGGUGGGGUGAUGGCCGAGGACGCUCAAGCAACGAUGUCGGAUACUGGUUGAGCAUCUUUACAGUCAUGGCCGUCAUCGAGGCUGUGCUUAUAUCUCUGGCAAUCAUGCACUUUUUGAUUAUUCUUGGACCAGCAGUCAGCAAAAAGUUCCACAGCAGAAUAUUGAACGCAGUUAUGAAGGCUCCCAUGUCGUUUCUUUCUAAUUCUGAAACUGGUUCCCUUAUCAACAGAUUUAGUCAAGACUUGCGUCUGGUAGACAUUGACCUCCCUGUCGCCCUCGCCAUCUUCCUUUUUGAUAUAUCAACUUGUAUCGGUGUAACGGGACUGGCAGUUGGAGCCGUUGGCUACUUUGCCGCAUCCCUCCCCUUUGUCAUCAUCGUCCUCCUCAUGAUCCAACGCUUCUACGUCCGCACAUCCAAGCAACUCCGUAUUCUAGAGAUCGAGCACAAAGCGCCACUAUACUCCCACUUCCUCGAAUCCAUCAACGGCCUCGCCACAAUCCGCGCCUUUGGCUGGACCGUCCCCUACUCGCACAAAAACCUCUCCCUUCUCGACAACGCCCAAAAGCCAUCCUAUCUUCUCAACUGCAUCCAGCGAUGGCUCACCCUCGUGCUCGACCUCGUCGUCGCAGUUCUCACCGUUCUGCUCGUCGUCUUCGCCGUGGUUCUCAGGGGCAAGCUCAACCCAUCCCUCCUUGGUGUUGCGCUCGUCAACAUGAUGAACCUGGGCCUCAACCUCAAGGGCAUCAUCCUCGCGUGGUCUCAGCUGGAAACCUCGCUUGGAGCCGUUACCCGUAUCAAGACCUUUGAAGAGACCACCCCGUCGGAACUGCUCCCCGAAGAAAACUACACGCCCCCUGAAGAAUGGCCUGCUCAAGGCUCUCUCGAAUUCGUCAGCCUCUCCGUGCAAUACGACUCAACCUCCCACCACGUCCUCCAAAACAUCUCCAUCGCCAUCAGGCCCGGCGAAAAGCUCGGCCUCGUCGGCCGCAGCGGCAGCGGCAAAAGCUCCCUCAUCCAAGCCCUCUUCCGCAUGGCCAACACCCCCUCUGGCCAGAUCCUCCUCGACGGCCAGGACAUCGCCAGGGUCCCCAAGCCCCUCAUCCGCCAGAAGCUCAGCUGCCUCACCCAGGAUCCUUUCCUCUUCACCAACACGAUCCGGUUCAACGCGGACCCUCUUGGAGUCCACUCCGACGAGGCUAUUGUCAGCGCCCUGCAGCGAGCUGCUAUAUGGGAUGUCAUCACUUCUAAAAUCGACGCCGAUAAGAAUCCCCUCGAUGAGAAGAUGGACGAGAAUUUCCUCUCUCACGGACAGAGACAGUUGUUUUGUCUUGGAAGAGCACUCCUCAAGAAGAGCAGUAUCCUCAUCCUCGAUGAACCAACGAGCAGCAUCGACAACCAAACUGACGCCCAAAUCCAACGCGUCAUUAAAUCAGAGUUCAAAGACCGCACAGUCAUCAUGAUUGCGCACCGCCUCGACUCAUUACUCGAUUUUGACACAAUCGCCGUUCUCGAAGACGGAGCGCUGGCGGAGAUUGGCGCCCCUGACGACUUGCUCUUGAAGGGCGGUGCUUUCUCCAAGCUUUACGCUUCGGAUAAAACAAACAAGAGGAGGAGUUCAGACGAAAUUUCACGAGAAUAA